UCUUCUUCUUCUUCUUCUUCUUCUUACAGUUGAACCCUUUCGAGCUCAGCCAUGGCCACGCCCGUGUCUCCAAUUCCGCUCCUAAAGGACGAGCUCGACAUCGUCAUCCCCACCAUUCGGAACCUCGACUUCUUGGAGAUGUGGAGGCCAUUCUUUCAGCCUUACCACUUGAUCAUCGUUCAAGAUGGUGAUCCGUCCAAGGUUAUUAAGGUUCCCGAAGGCUUUGACUACGAGCUCUACAACAGGAACGAUAUCAACCGGAUUUUGGGUCCCAAGGCUUCCUGUAUAUCCUUCAAGGACUCUGCUUGCAGGUGCUUCGGCUUCAUGGUCUCCAAGAAGAAGUAUAUUUACACCAUUGAUGAUGAUUGCUUUGUUGCUAAAGAGCCAUCGGGCAAAGACAUCAAUGCCCUGGAGCAGCACAUAAAGAACCUUCUGACUCCAUCAACCCCAUUUUUCUUCAAUACUUUGUAUGAUCCAUACCAAGCAGGUGCAGAUUUUGUCCGUGGGUAUCCAUUCAGUCUCCGUGAGGGUGUCCCCACCGCCGUUUCUCAUGGCCUCUGGCUUAACAUCCCAGAUUACGAUGCUCCCACCCAGCUUGUCAAGCCUCGUGAGAGGAACACUAGGUAUGUUGAUGCGGUUAUGACCAUUCCAAAGGGAACCCUCUUCCCCAUGUGCGGUAUGAAUUUGGGAUUCAACCGUGAAUUGAUUGGCCCUGCAAUGUACUUUGGUCUCAUGGGCGAUGGUCAGCCAAUUGGGCGCUACGACGAUAUGUGGGCUGGAUGGUGCACCAAGGUUAUCUGUGACCACUUAGGACUUGGAGUGAAGACCGGUUUGCCUUACAUCUGGCACAGCAAAGCUAGCAACCCAUUCGUGAAUCUUAAGAAGGAAUACAAAGGAAUCUACUGGCAAGAGGAGAUCAUCCCAUUUUUCCAAACUACCACCCUUCCAAAGGAAUGCACGACUGUUCAGAAGUGCUACAUUGAACUCUCCAAGCACGUUAAGGCAAAACUUGGUAAGGUUGAUGAGUACUUUAUCAAGUUGGCCGAUGCCAUGGUCACAUGGAUUGAGGCAUGGGAUGAGCUGAACCCAUCUGGAGGAAAAGCUGCCGAGUUAGCCAACGGCGCUUCAAAAUAGAUUACCUCAUUAAUGUUUACUAUCUCAUUCGAUGGUCCUAGACUUGUUUUCAUCAGCAUUGCGUCCAAGCUUUUUCUGAGGCUUGGAUUAUUUAUUUUGCCGGUUGGAGGGGAAUUUAUUUAUCAUAGUACUAUUGAGUGUAGAACAAUAAGAAAUUUAUGUAUUCUGUAUGAGAUAGAUUCGAUUAUUAGCUGUUGAUUUGGCAAUGAUUGAGAUAUUUUUUUCGGAAA